AUAAUUUCUUAUCGGCAUCACAUCCAGAAAAACAUUUGGAUUGUUGCUGUCAAAGCAUCACCAUCGAACGGUGAAUAUGAAGCGAUCAUAACAUACGAUCAACAUCUUCCAAUAGUAGCGUCAGAGGUAUCGCGUAUAGAUAAAUACGGGCAUCAAGGUGACUGUGCGUUGGAGCCAAGCACAAGACCGUUGUGUUAUUGCUUAGAGAAUUUGAAGAAGAAUGAGGCGAAGAAAACUAGCACGAAAAAAACAAGUAGCACAAAAAAACGAGUAAUGAAAUCAAAGAAACUUAGCACGAAGGCAACUAAAACACGAACGCAAAAAGAAAAAGCACGAAAGCAAAAAAAAUCAUAG